AUGCUGUCUCGAGCUCUCCGAGUCCCCAGGGCGGUGCCUCUGCGCGCCAAGCUCGCCGCUCCCUCUUAUAUCGCCGCCCGCUCCGUCACUACCAACGCUGCGUCGGCGUCGCUGAGCCACUCAGUCCCUCAGUCCGACGAUGAGCCUUUCGUCGUCAACCUGAGCGAUGAGAGCUUCGAGACCUACGAGCUGGACCCUCCCCCCUACUCCCUCGAGGUUACCAAGAAGGAGUUGAAGCAGAUGUACUACGACAUGGUCAGCAUCCGACAGAUGGAGAUGGCGGCCGAUCGUCUGUACAAGGAGAAGAAGAUCCGUGGUUUCUGCCACUUGUCCACCGGUCAAGAGGCUGUCGCCGUCGGUAUCGAGCAUGCCAUUACCAAGGCUGACGACAUCAUCACUGCCUACCGAUGCCACGGUUUCGCCCUGAUGCGCGGUGCUACCGUCAAGUCCAUCAUUGGUGAGCUUCUCGGCCGACGUGAGGGUAUCUCUUACGGCAAGGGUGGUUCCAUGCACAUGUUCUACAAGGGCUUCUACGGCGGCAACGGUAUCGUUGGUGCUCAGGUCCCCGUCGGUGCUGGUCUCGCUUUCGCCCACAAGUACAACGGAAACAAGAACGCCUCCAUCAUCCUCUACGGUGACGGUGCCAGCAACCAGGGCCAGGUCUUUGAGGCUUUCAACAUGGCCAAGCUCUGGAACCUCCCCGCCCUCUUUGGCUGUGAGAACAACAAGUACGGCAUGGGUACCUCUGCUGCCCGCUCCUCUGCCUUGACCGACUACUACAAGCGUGGCCAGUACAUCCCCGGUCUCAAGGUCAACGGCAUGGACGUCCUCGCCGUCAAGGCUGCCGUCAAGUACGGCAAGGAGUGGACUGCUGCUGACAAGGGUCCUAUGGUCCUCGAGUACGUCACUUACCGAUAUGGUGGUCACUCCAUGUCGGACCCCGGUACCACUUACCGAACCCGUGAGGAGAUCCAGCGCAUGCGCUCGACCAACGACGCCAUUGCUGGACUCAAGCAGAAGAUCCUUGACUGGGAGGUCACCACCGAGGAUGAGCUCAAGAAGAUUGACAAGGAGGCUCGCGCCCACGUCAACGAGGAGGUUGCCCUUGCUGAGGCCAUGGCUGUGCCUGACCCCAAGCCCGAGAUUCUGUUUGAGGAUAUCUACGUCAGGGGCAGUGAGCCCCAGUACCUUCGCGGCCGAACCCCCGAGGAGAACCACUACUUCCAGUAA